AUGUAUACUUCUACGGGUAUCACCUUGUCUCUCGGCGCGCUCCUCGCCACUGGAACUGCUGCUCAACAGUACAGCUUGAGCAACACCUUUGACGUCAGCAACUUCUUUUCCAGCUUCGACUUUUUCACUGACCACGACCCAACCAAUGGAUUUGUUGAAUAUGUUGAUGGCAACACAGCCAGCUCCCUCAACCUUACUUCAACCUUGACGGGAUCGGUCAUCAUGGGCGUCGAUUCGACGGAAACAAACCCGGCCAACGGCCGCAAGUCAGUCCGCGUGACAUCGCAGCAAUCCUUCAACCACGGCCUCUUCAUCGCCGAUAUUGCUCACAUGCCAGGCAGCAUCUGCGGAGCCUGGCCCGCCUUUUGGAUGGUUGGCCCCAACUGGCCAAACUCGGGCGAAAUAGACAUCAUCGAAGGCGUUAACACUCAGACGUCUGAUUCUAUCACUCUGCACACUUCUGCUGGCUUCUCUGUCGGCAACGAUGGGUCCAACUCGGGCACUCAAUUGCUCGGCAGCGACUGUGAGGGCAACAAUGGAUGUAGCCAGACUACCUCGGACAACCAGAACUACGGAGAUGGAUUCAAUGCCAUCAACGGUGGCGUUUACGCUACUGAGUGGACAUCCGACCACAUUGCCGUCUGGUUCUUCCCCCGAACUGGUAUUCCCUCUGACAUCAGUUCCGAGAACCCCAAUCCUAGCGGAUGGGGCACUCCUCUGGCCCAGUUCAAUCCUGCCGACGGUAGCAGCAUUGAUGACCACUUCCAGAACCAACAGCUUGUCUUUGACACUACCUUUUGCGGCGACUGGGCUGGCAAUGCCAAUGUCUGGAACUCCAACGCCGAAUGCUCCGCCUUGGCCAGUACGUGCCAGGAGUACGUCGCUAACAACCCUUUGGCUUUUGUGGAUGCUUUCUGGAGUGUCAACUCUAUCAAAGUAUAUGAUCAAGCUGCCAACGCUACUUCCAACGUUGCUGUCAGGGCUUCUGGCCCAAGGAAAUCUCUCAAGUUCAGGGCUUAG